AUGAAACGUGACUCAUUAUUUAGAUUACACAAAGUUAAAUUCAUGAGUACAAGCUAUAAACCUUUGACCGAAACGUAUUAUACCAAUCCCUUAGCUACUAGCUGGUUAGCUAAGGAUGAAGAAUUCAUAAAUUCUAAAGAUGUAAUUCAGAAAUUUCACCAAUCAUUUCCCGGAUAUGAAACAUCAAAACUAUUGCAAUUACCGAACGAGCAUGGCGUGUCACUGUACGUCAAGGAAGAAUCUUCUAGGUUCACGCUUCCUUCGUUUAAAAUUCUAGGUGCAUCAUGGGGUGUAUUCCGUUGUUUGACCGAGAGAUUUAACCUAAACAGAUGUGACAUGUCACUUAUUGAUCUGAAGGAAUAUAUUCUAAAUAAGAGUUCUGAUCUUACAUUAGUGGCAGCCACAGAUGGCAACCAUGGUAGAGCUGUUGCAUAUAUGGCAAAAUUACUGGGGAUCCAAUCAAAGAUAUUCACCCCUCGUAAUGUUUUAGAGAGUGAGUGCGAAAAGAUUAGAUCCGAAGAAGGUUCAGAAGUUGUUAAACUAAAUGGAAAUUAUGACCAAGCAGUCCUAUUUGCAUCUAAAUUUGUUGAAAAGAAUCCAAAAAGAUAUGUACUUAUUCAAGAUUUUGCAUUUAGUGGUUAUGAAGACGUUCCUGAUUGGAUUGCGCAUGGAUAUGCAACACUUUGUCAAGAGAUUCCAUUUGAACCAGAUGUAAUAUUUAUUCCUGCAGGCGCAGGUUGCCUGGCACACGGUAUCACAUUAUAUUAUAGAUCGAAGCUUACGAAGACUAAAAUAUUUGUGGUAGAGCCAGAUACCAGCUACACUGUGAACAAAUCAUUAUAUUUAGGUGAGUUAUCUAGUGACCCAGGUGACUCUAGCACCAUCAUGGACGGAUUGAAUUGUCCAACAAUGUCGAGCAUUGCAUUCCCCAUUCUUUCCGGUGGAGUGACUUUCUCAGGAUUAGUUUCUGAUAGAGACUGUGUUAUCGCAUUAGAUGAGUUGAAAACACAACAUGUGAAUUCCGGACCCUGUGGUGCAGUUACAUACGCAGCAUUCAUCAAUUUUGCAAAAAAGAUGAAAUUGGCAGGUGAUUUAAAAGAAGGCGAUAGCGUUGUAGUAUUAUCAACCGAAGCUUACCGUGACUUUCGCAAAUAA